AUGCCGACCCACGCCGCACUAGCACGUUCCAUUGUUGGCAUUAUAGGCAAUGUUAUCUCCUUCGGCUUGUUCUUCUCACCCGCUCCAACUUUCUACAAAAUUAUCAAGAAGAAGGAUGUGGAGGAGUUCAAGCCUGAUCCUUACUUAGCUACGUUGCUAAAUUGUGCGUUUUGGGUAUUUUAUGGAAUGCCCUUUGUGCACCCAAACAGUCUUUUAGUGGUGACCAUCAAUGGCAUUGGCCUUGUCAUCGAGUCCAUCUACCUCCUCAUAUUCUUCAUCUACGCUACAAAUAAAGGACGGAAAAAAGUGCUAGGUUGGCUUGCUGCCGAGUUUGUAUUCUUUGCUGUCAUUGUUGCCAUCACACUCUUAGUUCCUGGACUGCAUGGCACUAAACAUAGGUCGCUAAUGAUUGGAAUUAUUUGUGACAUCUUCAAUAUUAUGAUGUAUGCCUCUCCACUUACAAUCAUGGCGAAGGUUAUAAGAACUAAAAGUGUGAAAUACAUGCCAUUCUGGCUCUCACUUACUAAUUUCCUUAACGGCGUGUGCUGGACAUCAUAUGCUCUCAUCCACCCCUUUGACAUUUAUGUUCUGAUUAGCAACAGUAUAGGAGCAGUCUCCGGAAUUAUUCAGCUCAUACUAUAUGCUUGCUACUUUCGCAAGGGAGGAGAAAAUGCUGAAAAUGGUGAUGAUGCAUCCAAGCCAACUGGUGAUGAUGCCAACAAGACAACUGAUGAGAUUCGUCCACCAGUCUGAAGACAUCUCUGAUAUAGAAUGUUUUUCUUUUAUUUUAUUUUAAGCAUUUAAUUUUUUUCUAGAUUUUAUAAUUUUGAAUAGGAUGACAACACAUUUUUUUAUAUGUCUCGAUCUUGUUGUGUUUUAUGAAUAGUUUCGAAUUUCUCAUGUCAUUUUUUUUUAAAUCUCAAGUUACUUUUGUUUUGU